CCUGCUAAAUCUCUAUGACUGGAAUGCCAAAAUUUUUGGUAUGGUCAUUCAAAAGUUUCCCAAAUGCUGCACAUAUGUAAGAUUGCUGCAGUCAAAAUUCAUGAAUCAUUUCUUCUCUAAAACAGGAACAUGAGAGGUUAGUAUAACCCAGAGCAUUGCACAGGACUGGCCUGUUCAAAGAUUCAAAUCCUUUUAAAGCCCUCAGUUUUCCAGGCUUUAAUAGCAUCAUGGCAAAACUGAACAAUCAUUUUACAUGAACUGGACUAAGAACAUUCUACUGACAAGAACUAUUCACUUGACUCUGAUGAUGAUUUCUGCACAGGUUGUCAAAACAUCAGUCACCAACACCACCAACAGUCCCUCUCAGGACCACACUCACCCAGAUGAUCACACUACACUUUCACAUUAAAAUAUUUUCAAUUUAACGAUGAAUCAAAAGUGCUACAACAUGCCUUGCAAGCUGAACAGGUGGAAAUAUGUUGUGCAUAAUAUAAAUCAAAUCAAGCAACCGAAAAUUUAUUUCAUAGCUUUGACAAUUAAGAUUUUAAAAGAAAACUGGUAGGAGAUGAUGGUGUAAGGUGGGGGAAUAGUAAGGGGGUAUGGUGUUUUGCAUAAUGCACAUAUUUUACAUCUUCUGACGUAAAAGUUGGGACUUCUUAAAAGUAGAUACGUGCCUCGCUUCAAAAAGUCAGAAGAGAAGGCAACCAGAAUUGUAAGUAGUUUUAGUGAUUUUCUUGUAACUUUUGUAAUUCCUGUAGUUAGUUGUAUCUGUAAAAUAUUGUAAUGUAUAUAUUUUCUUUCCUUUGUAGUUUGACAAACUUAAAACGUAAUUAAAAUCAGUGUUUGUUCAAAAAUCUGCUUCAUCGCCAUCUCUUCAGAAAGGAUAAACAUAUAUCCAAUUCAGAUGGUCAGGAGGGAUUUUGAAGGGAAAACAAACUGCUUGGCAACCGAGCCUUACAAUAAAUAACAUGGCGGACGAAAUGCUACAGGUUUCUCAAACCUUGCAAACAUUUUUGCCAGAAAACGCAUUUAUAGAAGUUAGAAGACUGCUGAAGAAGGGUAACUUGGAGUUGCUUCUGGAAAGACGGUACAAUGACUGGUUGGAUAGCCAGGGAUAUUCGAAGUCGUGUGAAAAUCAGGAUGAAAAAUCUCAUGACAGAGAGGAAAUUGCUGCAAUUAUCGAGAAUUUGGUUCAAUGCGCAGAACCAACUAUCGCAGAUGAGGGGGACUGGGACAAAGAAGAGAUGCAGAAACACAAGACCCAGGCCUCUGCUGUUUUGAAUAUUUGCCAAUUGUUGUUGUCUACACUGUUAAACAAGGAUAACCAAGUGCCAGUGGGGACAGAGCUCACAGUGGAUGCUGUGUUUAAGAGGUUUGUUUUGAAAAAGACUUGUGUCUGCCUGGUGGCUUUAUGUGCUGUACACAUGGAGUCACAUCUCUGGACAAGUGCAGCAUCAGAAGCCCUUGCUCAUGAGCUGGUUUCCAUGAUGUGCACCAACUGCCACUGUUCAUCCAUACAAGAUCUUCUCUGUGGCUGUCUUGAGGUUGUACCUGGUGUAUCCAAUAGAGUAGAGGAGAAUCCGUCACCCAACAGUUUGUUCCCAUCAGGGCUGUUCAGACAUAUCCUUGAUUACUUGACACCUCACUUCCUUAAAGAUAACUGGAAGAAAUUUCCUCUUGCUUGCCAAGGGCUUGUGUGGUGCACCCUACAAACUAAGCAUCCUUAUGUGGGAGAACACUUUGCCAAGCUGAUGUCUCCUUUGUUACUUCUCAUUGAUGAUUAUGAGACUGAGAACAAAACACUGGGGUUUAAGUGUUUAAAACACAUCAUUGAUAACAUGAAUUCAGCUGAAUUGCAGUGGUAUGGAAGAGCUGAUGUUCUUUUUGAGGCAUCUCAACGUCACAUUUAUACCAGUGACCCCUUCCUGGUGCGUUCUCUUCAUCCAUGCCUGCUAAGUAUCCUGACGGUUGUUGAACCGUCUCCAAAGAAACCCAAGUUUGGUCGCAAGACAACCAAAUGUGACAGAUUGUUUCAAAUUAUCCUCUCUUCCAUGGAGUUUGAAAGUAAAAUUGCCAUGAGAAAGGCGUAUGCAAGUCACUUACAGCAUUUCAUUGAACACAUGGGAAUAACAAUACUACGCCACUUUAAGCGGCUUUUAAAAGUUAUAUUCUCAUAUUUGGAAGUAAGCGAUUAUCCUGAUGAAGAGGCACGGUUGGCUGUUCUUGAUGCGUUGAAAGCCACAAUGUUACAGGCUUGGCCAAGGAUUCCUAAUCACAGUUCUACUAUCCUGAAGAGUCUUUUGAAGCUGUUGGUAGAUGCGACCGACUCUUCUCCUUACCUAACAGUUCAAGCUUUUGAGCAGCUAAACCAGAAAACAGCUGAAUGCUUCGUGGUGCUUUUGAGGUGUUGUGGAAAGCAAGUCGAGGACCAGUUAAAAGAGCUACAAGGCGUGGGACACAAAGAAGUGGAAGAAUGUAUCGAAAAGGUUCUCCAAGAAACUGGAAGUGGAACAAACGCGUCAGUUCAAAUAGCUCGACAGAUAAAUGUUGUCACGUGACAACAAUUUGUAUGAAGAAUAUCAGAGGAAGGAUACCAAAAGCAUGAUGCUCAAUUACCCCGCGUCACGUGAUGACCCGUCGUGUAUCCAGUGUCGAACGUCAAGACUCAAAAAAACGCUGUACCAUUAGUUCUCUGUCAGAUAUUUAAGAACUAUUUGCAGCCUCUCGGGUUGGUAGAAGCAGUAUUGUUUGAGGAGAAGACAUAUUUUGUCAAUGGAAAUCGUUUAAUAGACGAUGAACCUUCAAGGAUAAAAAAUUACUUGAUAGACGCUUUUGUCCAGCAAGGAGUCAGCUGUUAUGGUCAGUACAAAUGAAACAAACCAAUCAUAUUCAUGUCUGAAAUGUCAACUAAUUGUUUAGUCGAUAUUAGUUUGAUGAAAAGCAAGGUGUCUCUGGAUAUUGUCGAUAAUAAAGUAAUGAUCACCGACCCAGAGAAACAUAUUACAAACUGGCUUGAAAUUGCUAGGGGUAUAUUUCAUGCCAUACCUUGUGACAAGUUAGACAUGCUUGUUUUUUUGUUUUUUUUUGUCAUCACGAAACUGUCACAUAACGAAAAGGAGAAAAGAAAAGAAAAGGAGAAAGUUUUAUUAAGGUUUAUUCAGCAGGCCAGCUUUUCAGGUUUCUUUGCGAAGGCUUACAAACUGUUUUCUGUUAGAAGUAUCAAAUUUGCGCUGAGGUAACGCUCUGAAUAUCUUACAAUACUGCCGCUGGUAACACUGAGUAACAAGUUACUGAAAUUAUAAGGGACUUCUAAACUAGGAGGCGCUUUGAGGUAAACAGUUAUCUCUCUUGGUGUACGAGAAAAGAAAUGAUUGUAGAAAUUAUCAAAAAUAGUGGAAACAACCGGAAACUCCCCGUGAGAGUAAUAACAUUUCUAAAAAAAUCAAGAGAAGUAUAGGCAUUCUGUCCAAGCUCCGUUAUUUCUUAAGUACUAAAACACUACUUAGCCUGUACUAUGCUUUAGUUGAGCCUUUUUUAAAUUACUGCAUAAUUGUUUGGGGUAAUACCUAUCGGACAGCUUUGAAACCUUUAUUUAUAUUACAGAAGAGAGCCUUAAGAAUAAUUACUUUCUCUAGUUAUAACGAACAUUCAAGUCUUUUAUUUAAAGAUCUAAAUGUUGUGAA